UCUAUCUCGCACUUCCCUGGUCUCUCUCUCCCUCUCCCUCUCUUCCACUCUCUCCCCUUCUCUCUCUCUCUCCCGCUCUUUCUUCUCUGCCUCUCGUUCACAGUGCCACAUACAGCCAGAGCAGCGGAACAGUGCGGUGUGUGCGCGUAUCAAGAUAGAGCCAGUGUGUGUGUGUGCGUCCGAAGGCAGCAAAUCGCGGCAACGCAAAAGAAAAAGGAGAAAAGGAGGACAGCAGCGAAAAGGAUAGGGAAACACAGAGAGACACUGCCUGCAGAAAGAGAGAGAGAGAGCGUGCGAGAACACAAGAGAGAGACAGAUAGAUAGUGUGAAAGAAAGAAUAGAGUGUGCAAGAAUUCCACAGACUCUGGGACUUCAGGACUGAGAAACACGGCUUACUUGUAACUAUAGAGGCCUGCUGAGGGUCUAAAGGGGACGUCUCUCUUGAACCCCGCUAACAAGCAAGCCUCAGAAGAUUCCAGGAGGAAGAGAAACCCAAGUCCACAUCCAGGAAGAGCACAGCAUUUCCGUGCCAACGUGAGCUGUCAGCUUCCAACAGGUGCACAGAGGACAGCCGAGGAGAUCAGCCCCAGCCCACCUCUGAGACCCCAUCACACCUGACUUCCAGCACUGAAGGACCCGUCACUCCGCACGGUCAGCUGUACAUGGAGACCCCCAGCUGGGCAGAAACCAAGCCAGGAAGUGGUCUGUGUAAACCAGGAACCAUUGCUCUGUUUGGAAACGUGGUCUAUAGCGGGCUGCUCAACGAGCACUUUUGGCACUUUGGGGUUCCUCUCGUCACCAGACUGGGUAACCAAGAGGCCCCAGCUCCCCCAGAAGCCAUGGCCCAGCCCUACCCCCCCGCCCAGUACCCCCCGCCGCCGCCACAGAACGGGAUCCCGGCCGAGUACGCGGCGCCGCACCCCCACCCCGCCAACGACUACACGGGACAGAGCAGCGUGGCGGAGCACGCCCUGACGCUGUACACGCCCACGCACACGCACACGCACGCGCACACACAGGGCGAGCAGCCGGGCAACGAGAGCAGCACCCCUACCCUCACGGCCACCACGGUAACGCAGGCAGAUGAGGUGGGCCAGACGGAGGUGUCUCAGCAGCUCCACCUGCAGUCCAGCGAGGCCUCCGAGAAGCAGCAGCCCAAGAGGUUACACGUCUCCAACAUCCCCUUCCGCUUCCGGGACCCCGACCUCCGGCAAAUGUUCGGGCAAUUUGGGAAGAUUUUAGACGUGGAGAUAAUUUUUAACGAGCGAGGCUCCAAGGGCUUUGGUUUUGUAACAUUUGAGACGAGUGCGGACGCGGACCGCGCGCGGGAGAAACUAAAUGGUACAAUCGUAGAGGGACGCAAGAUCGAGGUCAACAACGCCACAGCCAGAGUAAUGACCAACAAGAAGGUGGCUAACCCUUACACAAACGGCUGGAAGCUGAAUCCAGUCGUCGGAGCUGUCUAUGGUCCUGAGUUUUAUGCAGUGACGGGGUUUCCCUACCCCAGCACAGGGGCGGCGGUUGCCUACAGAGGAGCCCACCUGAGGGGGAGGGGCCGAGCCGUCUACAACACGUUCCGUGCCGCGCCCCCUCCCCCGCCCAUCCCCGCUUAUGGAGCCAGCGUGGUUUAUCAGGAUGGCUUCUACGGCGCUGAGAUCUAUGGGGGGUACGCGGCCUACAGAUACGCCCAGCCGGCAGCCACAGCUGCUGCAGCCUACAGCGACAGUUACGGCAGAGUCUAUGCAACAGCUGACCCAUACCACCACGCCAUCGGCCCCGCCGCCACGUACAGCGUGGGCACCAUGGCUAGCCUAUACAGAGGAGGUUGCAGUCGCUUCACUCCCUACUAGAUCGAGGGAGUCACCCCCCCCCCCUUAAACCCCUUCCUAUCCCAGCAAAACAAACAAAACAAAAAAUCUCUAACUAUCAAAAAAGAACAACAACACCUCUUUGCUCCUCAUGGAAACAGUAAAACAAAAUAUGUCCGGGUUUCAAAUGUAACCACUCAAGAUGCAGCCUCUCAAGUUACCGUCUUGUUUUGCAAAGAGUUUCCUUUGGUUUUAUGCAUUGCCAUCCGGGUUGGAUUGUGUGUUGUGUUGGGAGCCCUUUCAGAAGCCCUUUGUUAGAUGACUUGAAUGUACUUGUGGUGUGUGGAUGUCCAAAUCACUAAAUGCUCUUGGAGUCAAUGGAGGGAUAGGUUUAAAGCUGUGUUUUUUUUAAAUGUAACUAUUAAGCGUCAUUUUCUCUUUCUCCCAUUUAUUAGCUCUUUUACUCGCCUCCUUCAUGGUGGCCGGCUGCGCUAGUUUUAACUCUGUCUCAUUUCCUCUGACUUUAUUGUUUCAAUUACUCAUUUCCCUACAUGCAUUAAGGCCAGUAAUGUUCAGCAAUGGCCGCUUUAGCAGCAGAUUUCAAAAUUGAAUUUUAUUAAGUAAAUGCUAGGGCCACUUCGGCCCCCUUAAGAGAAUUGGCUCAAUUUCUAAGUGAGCUGAUGAGGAGAGCAAAGUUUGGGGCCUGGCUUAAUGGGACCGGGUGCAGCUCAGCCAAAGACGGUGAAACAGAGGCAAAAUGGCCACCAGAAGUUGAUGCAUUGUGGCAUGCUAAGUUGAGGGGGAAGAAAGUGAUGCAUUGCUGAAUCGGGGGGGCAGAAGGAGGAAGUGAUGUAUUGCAGCACGCUGGUGCGAGAGCUAUGGCACUCGUUGGCGAAUGGGCAGCCGUGUGUUAGAGAGCCCAUUGAUCGCUGGCACAGCGCCAGAGGCAGGAGGUAUCCCAUCACCACCCAACUGCUUUAAGAGAGAGGAGAGAAAGACGAAGGAAGGAAAAAAAAACAAAAAAACAAAACAUUACUUUCACAGAAAAGGCGCUUAGAGUUUCAUGCUCCUAUACAUCCGACACACAAUUAGCAAUAAAAUCCCUCACAGGCUACAUGGCUUCAUGUAAAAAAAAUAAGCUCUUCUCUUUAACUUUUUUAUAUAGAUGGUUAUUAUGAUGCACAUGGUUUAUUUUACCUAGGCCCGACAGCAAAAUGUACCCUGUUGAUGCAACACGGCACACUUUGCAUAGUGAAAAUAACAGGUGCAUCAUGGGAUACACAGGUGUUGCCGUGAAGAGAACAGGAGUUAAAAACAUCCCUGAAAUGGAGAUGGCAAAACAUAAAAGCCUUAGUCAUUCAGUCCUUCAUACUAGCUCGAUGUUCAACAGCCUGCACCAGCAUAAGGUGCCAGAUAGGCACUUUCAUGCGUUUCGACAUUACUUCAGACCGCACUGUAAACAUGAACGUAAAGGGACUGGAUGUCACAGUUUCUGGCACGCUGUAACUAAACUCAUCAGUCAUCUACAGGGAGUAUCGCACACAUAAAUACUCACACGGCUUACAUACUAAUCCCUACACGCCACAAACAUGCAUGCUGCACAAAGCCUAAGCGCAACACAGUAAAAACAUGAAACACUAUCGUUACACGCUUAACAUACUUUAACACGCGCGAUGCACUUGUAGGCGUGUGCACGCUCACACGUGGGCAUGCUGUGUGCUUUAAAGGAACGAAAGAAAGGCCAGUAUGCUCCAUGCACAUGCUAAUCUCUCUCACACACAAACGCACAGUCCCACACAGACACACGUGCACGCGGCACGCUCGCUCUGUCGUCCCAGUAAAUGACAUCUGGGCCUGCUGUGGCUGAUAGGAUCAUAAAAAAGAGUGGAGUCAGAAGCAGCGGUGAAGGGAGGAGAGAGAGAGGGGGAGGACA